AAAUGGCGGGCCACCCGUACCUUGGGAUCCUUUCUUAUUGUUUCACCAUUGCUUUUGUCCCUUUUUAUUGACACGUUUGCUGUGAUAGCUACGCAGUGCAGCUCUCAACCUCGGAAGCUUAGUCCUACUACAUAAUCGAUUCGUACCCCGAUAGUCGCUCCUCCAUUCAUUUCUCUUUGAUAUCAACACCAAAAUGCCCUCAUACACAUCAGUCCACCUCGCUGAGCGACCCAAGGACGGCAUCGUAGCCGGCAAAACCUUCACACCCAAGUCUCACCCGGUCCCCUCGGCCUCCUCGCUCAAAGAUGGCGAAGUCCUCUUCCAAACCUUGUACCUCUCCAUCGACCCCGCCAUGCGCGGCUGGCUCAAUCCCACACGCUCCUACAUUCCUCCUGUACAAAUUGACGCCGUAAUGCGCGGGCAGGGCAUCGGCCUUGUCAUCGCGAGCAAAAACCCCAAAUUUCCCGUCGGCACGUACGCAAAAGCCAUGUGCGGCUGGGCCGAAUACGCCGUGAUUCCAGGAAAAGACAUCGAGUCCCUGGAUCUUCCCGAGGGCGCCGUACCAACGGAUGCGUUGGGUGUCCUUGGAAUGACAGGUUUAACGGCGUACUUUGGUCUCCUUGACGUCGGACAGGUUAAACCGGGAGAUUUUGUCGUUGUGAGCGGAGCGGCGGGCGCAACAGGAAGUGUAGUGGGCCAAAUUGCUAAGCUCAAGGGCGCAAAGGUUCUGGGUCUUGCCGGCGAGGAUAGCAAAGUUGCGUGGCUUAAGGACACGCUGGGAUUCGACGAGGCGCUUAACUACAAGGACCCGGAUUUUGUAAAGAAAUUCCGCGCUGCGACCAAGGGACUGAUUGAUCUUUUCUUCGAUAAUGUUGGCGGAGAGAUUCUCGACCUGGCGUUGAGUCGUGCGAAGCCGCAUGCGAGAUUCGUUAUUUGUGGUGCUAUUUCUGAUUACAACAACAAGAAGCCGUCUGGGCUCAAGAACUACAUGAUGAUCAUCUCGAUGCGUAUUCGCAUGCAGGGUUUCGUUAUUUUCGACUAUGCGGACAAAUACGCUGAGGCGAGAAAGGAGUUGGCGCAAUGGUUGUCGGAGGGCAAGAUUAAGCGCAAGGAGACUAUUUACGAUGGCGGAAUCACCAAGGCUGAGGAAGCACUGGUUGGACUGUUUGAGGGCAAGAACACAGGCAAAAUUCUCGUAAAGGUAGCAGAUCCCGAGGCUGCCAAGUCGAAGCUAUAGUUGGAGUGUUUCGGAGAGCAAAAAUCUAUCUAAUACCUUUCUGUUUGGCAACUGAUAUAUUUCAAAUGGUUGCAUGCUUGGCUCGUGAUGUAUUACUCUAUUACUGCUCCUCCAUGCGCCUGCAAUCGAUAAGUUUUGUGGCGCUA